AUGUUAACCGACGGCAUUCUUCCCCCCUCAGGGGGGGGGGCUGCCCACGGCGGUUCGACUCCUGAGCAUGUCUCGAUGUCUACUUCUCCCUCGUCUUCUUCUGCCAUCAGCGCUGCUUCCUGCUUGUCUUCGUCGUCUUCUCCGUACUCAAGCAGCUUUUCCUCUGCCCCCGCGUCCGCGCCCAAGGAUCACCACGCGGUACAGUCUCGUCGAAAGGCUGACAAAACGUGUGUCGGUGGGGCCCAAAGUGUGUCUUCACACUUGCUGUCGCCUGUAGGUGGAGGAGCGAGUGUGGCCUGUGGAGGAUCGGGUGGGCCCUCAGUGCUCUCCGUUACCCCUGCGAGCGGAUCUCCGGGGGGUAACGCGCUGCCGAGUCAAGGCCCCGCUCUACCGUCGCCUCCUGGAGGAAGUGCAACAAACCACCAUGGACCUGGCGGGACUCUAGUAGGCGGAGCUGGACGGGGACAGGAGAGCAACAAGGCCCUCGGCUCCAGCGUGCAGUGCCACAGCCACUUGAGAUUCCUCAGCCAUCUAGCCCCCUAUGACCGAUCGGUCAUUCCCAUGUGCUCCUUCACGGCCGAAGGGGUGCCGAUCCUCAAACGGCAACAAAGCCGGAGACAGAAAGGCGUUAACAAACGGGACGAAGAAGUCUCGCUGCAGACUCGCGUGGUGAUGGAUUUCAAGCAGGACCAGGUACACCCCGCAGUCAUACGUAUCGGCCUUCAAAUGGGGAAACGGCGGGUGACUGGCACAAAUGCACGGACGGUCGCGAUGCUGACAGCAUUUGAGCGGUUUAUCGAGGAUUACUGUCCUCCUCCAUACGAAGCAAUCGAUAAGCAUUUGAAAAUCGCUCUCGACCGACAAAUCAAUUUCAUCACUCACUGCCGGCCUCACAGUCUCUCGAUGGGAGGGGCGAUCCGCUGGUUGAAGAAGAGGCUCUCGAGUUAUGCCACAAUGCCCUUGCAUGACACCAAGGCUGCGCUUUGUUCGGAGAUUUCCACUUUCAUCAGUCAAAGAAUUCUUGCGGCUACCUGUGCCGUGGCGGAUGUUUUUCAAGAGCAGCUGGCCGAGGACGGGGAUUGUCUCCUCGUGUACGGAAAGUCCACUGCCGUGGUCAGAGCUGUUCUCCAGGCGAAACAAAGGGGUCGGCGGUUUACGGUUGUUGUCGUCGAUUCUCAUCCCCAUCUCGCGGGGCAGGCAACGGCGCGGCUGUUUGCGGCCGCUGGUAUCGAGGUCACCUACACUCUGAUUAAUGGUUUGUCGUAUCACAUGGAAGAUGUGACGAAGGUUGUUUUGGGAGCAGCAGCCGUGCUGGCAAAUGCAGCAGUGGUGAAUCGAGCCGGUGCGGCGCUCGUGGCGAUGGUUGGGAAGAGAUACGCGAAACCGAUUUUUGUUUUGUGUGAAAGCUACAAGAUGUUUGAUCGGAUUGUGUUUGAUUCGUGUUCGUUCAAUGAGUUGGAUGAUCCAGAGCUCGUGUGGACAACGCCAGCGAGUUACUCUUCGGCUGCGCGUGCGCGAAAAGCGGGAGGCAGUGAAUCUCGCUUCGCUGACAGCACCCGCCAGUAUCCGCGUCUCUCGCUUCUCACGCCGUCUUCACCUCCCCUUCCAGGUGAUCCUCUCAUUCGAACUUCUUGUGCGUCGAACUCACGCAAACCACACACCGGAGGAUCGAGCGCCACGUCGACGAAAGUCGCUGCGGCCUCCCCAGUUUCAUCGCAGCCUUCUCCAUCUGUCACGGCAAAUGGCGCUUUAUCGAGACAGUCAAAUGGUCAAGUCGAGUUCCCCUGCAGUCACUCGGCUGGAAAGCAUGACGGAAAGAAUGCUGCACUUACACCGUCAGCAAGCAGCCAGCCCCUUGCCGUGUCCCCCUGCGGUGGAGAGGAAGAAUCAGAGUUGAGAAAUACAAGCAAAAGUAAAGUGGCCAAGGGAGGUGGAACAGGAGGCAUAGAUCCAGCGUCUGCCGCUCGACAGGCAGCAGGCGAAAACCCAUCGACCUCCGAAGUGUGCGUCAUGAAUCUUUGCUACGAUGUGACGCCUGCUCAGUUUGUCGAUUUCGUUGUUAUAGAAGACGGCAUUUAUCCUGCUUCCAAUGUGCCUGCUCGAGUCCGUGGGUCCGGCAGAGCUGGCGGGGUUGCUGGUGACUAA